CCCCAGAACCCUCCGGGCGCCCGCCGCCGGCCGCGGCCUCCCGAGUGGAGCGGCUCCGGCAGGCGGAGAUCGGGCAGUGCGGUGGCUAUGGUGCCUUUCCUCUGCGCCCCCGCGCCCUGACGGGAGAUCCAGUAACACCUUUCUUCCUACUUCUGAAGGUUGCUAAGGUUUCUCUUGAUUUGGACACAGCACUGGAAACAACUUCUGUGGGCAAAAAUGGGCUGCCGGGAUGUUCACGCAGCAACAGUACUGGCCUUCCUCAGUGGAACAGCCUCAGUAGCUGGACUCCUUGCAGCCGUUCUGCUUCCAAACUGGAGGCAAAUGAGACUGUACACGUUCAACAAGAAUGAGAGGAAUGUGACUGUUUACACUGGACUCUGGAUUAAGUGCGCUCGCUUUGAUGGGAGCAGAGACUGUGUGAUCUAUGACCCACAGUGGUACACUGCUGUCGAUCAACUGGAUUUGCGUGUUCUUCAGUUCGCCCUUCCACUGAGUAUGUUAACUGCCGUCUCCGCUCUGUUUCUCUGCUUGAUUGGCAUGUGUAACACAGCCUUUGUUUCCACCGUGCCAAACAUCAAAUUGGCCAAAUGCCUUGUAAACAGUGCGGGCUGCCAUCUCGUGGCUGGCCUCUUGUUCCUGCUUGCGUGUGCCAUUUGUCUCACUCCAUCAAUCUGGGUCAUUUUUUAUAACAAUUACCUGAACAGAAAAUACGAGCCUGUCUUUAGCUUUGACAUUUCUGUGUUUAUUGCCAUUGCCAGUGCUGGCGGUCUGUUUUUCACUUCCGUUCUGCUGUUUCUGUGGUACUGCGCAUGUAAAAGCCUACCUUCUCCUUUCUGGCAGCCCCUCUAUUCCCAUGCCCCCAGCAUGCACAGCUAUGCCUCUCAGCCCUAUUCUGCGCGCUCUCGCCUCUCUGCCAUAGAGAUCGACAUUCCUGUUGUGACACAUGCAUCUUAAGAAGACACAGUCUUGGAAGCCAAGUUCUUGUGCUCAUUCAGACCAUGAAAAUCACAGCUUGAUUCUCUCUGCUGCCUUGCAUUGAGCAUAAUCAUUUGUAAGGUCAAGUUUCGCAAGGUGCAAAGCAAUGGAGAGCUGAGUUCAGCAAGUCCGUUGCUGUUCUCAUGUGUUACUUCCUGACCAACUCUUUUUUUUUUUUUUUUUUUUUUAACUUUGAAGUCGCUACAGACAAAUUGCUGCUAAUGCUGGGACAGUACACUAACAAUAGUAUCUGUUCAUCCUUCUGCUAACUGAGAUUAAAGCAGGUUUGAACAUCUUUGCUACUUUGAUAAGCUACGAUUAGAUUCUGAUCCAGUUGUAAAAGCUCCAUAGGUGGACCCUUCCACCCAUGCAUUAUCCAAAUGCUGGCAGUGGAACUGGGUGCAGGGGGUUCCCUGAAUUUCUUGUUCACUUACACAUGUGUAUUUUAAGAUGUGAUGUCUGAAAAGGGUAAAGGGUAUUUGACAGACUAAUUCAGUUCUGUAGCACUGUUCUGCGUUUUCCACUGCACACAAAAAGCUACCCAAUCAUGAACUUCUGCAAUAGAAUUAGGGUCAAAUUACCCUAUAUUUUCAAAGUAGCUAUCAGAAGAAACUGAUUUAACUAAUAGUGUUCUUCUGUACUGUAAUAGCAUUUUCUGACUUACUGGAGGCUAGAAAGUUUUUUGUGAAUUUUAUUUCUAGUCUGUUUUUUAAUAAGUUAGUAAAAUCAUUAGAUCUAUUUUGUGAUUAAAACAAAAACCACUUGUAUUUAAAAAUUCUGUUUAGAAACUUGAAUGGUUUAUUUGAAGGCCAUCUUAAAGAUGGGUUUUCAAGUAGGCUUUAAAGGUUUAUUCAGUUCUGGAGAGAAAUGUCACUCACUGCAAAAUGGAUUAAGAAAAGCAUGAAGAAUUCUGAAGGCUAUGAAAGACUCUUUUAGAACACCGUACACAAGCUAUAACAACAUCUCUCUAGGAAGGAGGUUAUAACCCUGGGGAGAGAUUUUUAAAUCUAGAUUGUUUUGGUUUGGCUUUUUUUUUUUAAUGUAUAUAUAAGUAACAAUGAGCUUGUGUGUUUUUCAGAGUUGAUCUUUAUGGUUGUUGGACUUUCCAUGCUGUAGCUGAUUUAAUUACUGAUUAAGACUUAACCUUUUCAGCCUUGUUCUGCAACACCUUUCAAGUUGAGCUAUUUUAAAAUCCAGUUAUUUCCUAUGCUGCCACCUCACAACUAGAGAAAGUUUCCUAUUCCUGUUUUCUGUAAGAUGAGGUUUUGAAUAACUUGUGAGCAUCACUUUGUAGCUCUACGAGGAUGAGGAGGGAUUAUACAUUCCCAACCUGGAAUGUCUUUAGAUAAUUUUUUUUUCUUUCUGAAAUGCAGAGCAGCUCAGCCCUAAAGAUCAAAGUGUUUUAAUGUGAGCUUUAAAAUUACUUGGAAAUUUGAUAACAGUGAGUUGAAGAGUGUUGUAAUUAAGUCAAGUAUUUGAUUUACUCAGAUUUUGGCAAAUUGAGAUCUUGUGUUUAAGAUGUCAUUCCAGUAAGGAAAGUUAUUUUGAUUGGUGGCAUUCUGGAGCUUAGUGGAUAUUUGUAUUCCAUUAAUCCCAGAACAAAUUUCCUUUGCUAAAAAAUCAAAGAGAGUUCUUUAAUUCCAGUUCUGCAAACUCAUCCGAGGUCCUGAAAAUCAGUUUGUUUCCUUUUCCGUGCAUUAGAAAUAGGAACAAAUGCUGUGCUGGGCACAUAGAAUGUGUUGGGUUGGAAGGCACCUUUAAAGGUCAUCUAGUCCAACCCCCCUGCAGAAAGCAGGGACGAUCUUGUUCUGUUACACUCUGUGCAAUAACAGUAUAUUAAGAGGAAUCAUUUGGGGGUUUCUGGUAGGCCGUGGGCUUUGGUGGACUCGGACUUUAACUUCCUUUGGAGGAGGCUGAGCUCUGUCAUAAAUGCCCAGCAGAGUCAGUAAAGCGACAGGCCUUUCAGGCAGGCUGCUUGAUUAAAUUGCAGUCUAAGGAAUUAACACUGCAGAUGAUAAAGAAUACUUAAGGAGACAGGCCUUUAAAGUUACAUUAAUUUAAUACCCUCUUAGGUUUACAAGGUAUGAUGUUAAAUGAAGUAUCUUGUUUUUUUUCUUUUUCCUUUUAAUCAGAUCGUGACUUGUGUGGGAUUAGAAUAUGUAUAAUUACAUGCUAGCCCACUUACUUUUCUUCAAAACUGAACUUUGCUUUACAGUUACUCUGGUUGUCCAACCUUUGAUACUGUUGCUGUUUCAGCUGCCCGUAUCCUUAGAUGCUUUGUCAGGUCAAAGCAAAGGCUUGUGAUUUCACGUCAGGUUGCUUCCCUGUCACUCCAGUGUCUUUUCUUCCUUGUGCCUUGCUUAAGUUAUGAGUUGGCCAGUAAAUGUUAGUUUUCAGUCAGCAUCUGGUAUGCUUUUUGAGCCUGAAUUUACAAAGCAUUUUGAUCAUUUUGGUGGGAUGAUGAAUACAUCUCUCAGUGGCUUUAAAAGGAGCUGAAUCUUCAACAUCUCCAGAGCAAGAAAAGCAGCCUGGCAAACUGGUGUUUUCUAUGGAGAGUAAAUGCAGCCAGUGUUUUGUCUAUAUGCUUUAAAUAGCAGAUGUCUCUGACAGCUCUUUUGUGUUCUGACUUUGAUUUUUAUGCACUAAACUUUCAAUCAGUAUUUGCUGCUGCCUAAGCUGUUAUCUUGUUGCUUUGCAGUUUGUGUCUUUUCAAAAAUCUGAGAUGGAUCUGAGUUAUGAAAAGUGGGGAUCCAAAAGUUAGUGGAUUCCAGCGAAGGUUUCAGUUAAGGUCAUCUUUAUCAGUAGGACUGUUGCAUCAUGUUGUAUCACCGAAGCACGGCUGGGUUUCUUUCAACAGUGCUGUUAAUGUGAGUUUCUGCUGGAUCCCAAGUGAAAUUAACUGGAAGUGCUGUGCCGUAUUUCUCCUUCUUUACGGAAGGGGUGGCCAACCUGUGAUACUUGAGCCGAGUGCCACUCCAGCAUUUCUCUUGCUAAGGUUACCGUCCUGCCCAGCGGCGGGGCCAGGGAGUGACAGGCCUCCCAGGAUUUGGGGGAAGAACGCUUGUAUCCUGCCGGUAUCUGUGCCAGGGAAGAGCUGCUGUGGAGCAGUUAAACCCCCUGCCUCUGACCAGCCGUUCCUUCCUGGCAACUUCGCCGUGUGCAGGGCAGGCACUCUGGGCCUCGAACACAGGAGGAUUUUAAUUUGCGGCUCAUGCAGUCAACGGUUGGGUGCUCUGGGAUUACAGGAAUUUGUAGGGGUUUUUUCCUAGUAAUUCCUGUCCAACUUCUUGUUGUGUUUAAUUACAGUGUUGGUUCUUUUUAUGUGAAAAAGAAGAUAUGUAUUUUUAAUAAAACAUUCUCCUAUAGGUGCAGUUUAUUUUGAUCAAUUUUUGUGGAAAACAGUAACUGCUAGAAUACGAAAGACACUUUGUUUUGGUGUUGAUCGCCAGACUUGCCAGACUGUUUCAGAUGCCUUAACAGGGUUAAAAUAUGUUGCAUGUAUUUUAAUUCAUUAAUUUUACAGGACUGCUGCUUUAAACAAAACAAAAAAAACUUCCAAAAAACCCAGACCAACCCCCUUCUGAAAGCUUGACUAUUAUUUAUAAUUUCCCUUUAUUUUUAUUGUAAACUAAUCCUAAGAAGUACUAGGAUUCCUUUUUCCUUAGUGAGGAGGAGAAUGAUUUCCCUUAAUCUGGAGGAUUCCCUCUCUCUGCCUGCGGCCAGGACACGGGCUGGGGGCCAGGGUCUGGUUCAGCCCCAGGGCAGGGCCAAAGCCUCAGUGUGCCAUGGAAAAGGGCGCAGUCCUCCCCCCACAUCCAAAGCCCUGGCUCUUCCCUUUGUUCGUUCUGCUGCUCAGUCAGCCGGUGCUCACCCAGUGCAAUUUGCUAACCCAGCCAAAAACUUACGUCUUGGGUUAGUUUUCUCCUAGACUGGUAAGAUUUACAUUGUGUUGAAAGGCGGUGGUGGCAUUAGUCAUCCUCCUGCCCUCUCUCCUCUGCUGUGCUGGCUGUGCUGUCAGCUGGGGAAUCGUAGAAUCCUUACGGUUGGAAAAGACCUUUACUAUCGAGUCCAACUGUUAACACUGCCAAGUUAUCACUAAACCAUGGCCCUCAGCACCACAUCUACACUUCUUCUAAAUGCCUUCAGGGAUGGUGACUCAACCACUUCCCUGGGCAGCCUGUUCCAGCGCUUGACAACCCUUUUGGUGAAGAAAUUUUUCCUAAUAUCCAAUCUAAACCUCCCCUGGUGCGACUUGAGGCCGUUUCCUCUUGUCUUAUUGCUUGUUACUUGGGAGAAGAGACCGACCCCCACCUCACUACAACCUCCUUUCAGGUAGGUGUAGAGAGCGAUAAGGUCUCCCCUCAGCCUCCUUUUCUCCAGGCUAAACCACCCCAGCUCCCUCAGCUGCUCCUCAUAACACUUGUGCUCCAGACCCCUCACCAGCUUCACUGCCCUUCUCUGGACCCGCUCCAGCACCUCAGCGUCUUUCUUGUAGCGAGGGGCCCAAAACUGGACACAGUAUUAGAGGUGGGGCCUCACCAGUGCCAAGUACAGGGGGACAAUCGCUUCCCUAGUCCUGCUGGCCACACUAUUUCUGAUACAGGCCAGAAUAUGCUACUGCCUGACAUGUGAAAAUGGUUUGGGCAUCCCAGGGACUCGUGUCAGUCUGGAACGACGGUAACAUUUAGUGAUGCUUCCUUUCUGUUGCAUGCUGCUCCUGGCACCUACAGCUCGGCAGCACGAUGGUGAUUCGGCACCGAGCCUUUCCCCAUCUUUAUAGGGCAAAAUACAAACCCUUUGAGCGUUAGAAAUGCCAAUGCCAUAGUGCAAGUUCAAAAAACAAUCUGCGUUAUUUAUGCCUAAUAUAAUGAGACUCACUGGUAAUUCCUCUAGAUUUCUAGAACUCUAAACUGGCAAUCUAGUAAAUUGGGGUUUUCUAUUUGUUUGGGGAAGUAAAGUUUAUAUGAGAACAAUUCUCGUGGAGGGUGCACAGUAUAGAGCAGGUGUUGCCAGCAGUACAAUUCACUCGAGGGGAUGGAAAAACGAUUUGAUAUUCUUUGCUUCUGCGGGUUCAUGUCCUCCUUUGCUGUCACUUUCAGACAGGCCUCCUGUCCCUGAGAGUUGGUAUAAACCUAGGCACUGGUUGGGUGUUGACAUAAAUAAUGUGAUGCAGAAAACUCAAUUUCUCCCAAAACGUGGGAAUGCCUCAUUUUUUUCAUAUUAAAAUUCCUAAAAGAAAACAUCCCAUGCAUUUGCGCUCAUUGAAAACAAAUCUCUUGGCAGAUUUUCCCCUGUUUUAUUUCACAGGAACUGAAUUAAUGUACGUGAGUCAGCAGGUAUGUAUCGUUACUUAUCCCUUCUUGUAUCUGCUGAGCAGGCAGGUAACGCACCUUAGGCACAGCAUAAGCUUUUUUGUACGUUUUUUGUUCCACUGCUGCAUCAACAUUCAUCAAACUGGACACACAGAGGCCUCAUCGAAGGGUAAGAGAGUGGUUUCUGUUUUCAAAACUGCUUUUUAUUUGUGUUCCAAAUGGUCAAUUUGGUUAUUCAGGUAAUAGGCUGCUUGGGAUGGGGCCCUUGUCUUUUGGGUGCAGCAGCUUCAAGAUGUAAAGGCUGGGCGCAGGGCAGGAGAAAUUGUGGUGAGCUGGGGGGUGAGAGUGGUCAAAGCUGUUCUGAGGAGAGAGACUAGAAAGCUGGACUGCAAGGGCAAGGUGGUUGUCUUAGUUUCUGUUCUAACGAAGAGCAAAAUAUGUAAUUAAAGCUCUAAGUAUUUGAAUAAGCUUCUUGGCACCACAGACUCCUGGAAUAUGAUAAGCAAGCUUUGAAAACACAGCGUAUGAGUGCUGCCCAAGCAGCGUAUGUCCUUGGGAACCACAGAUGUUGGCCUAAGCGCUGAGCAUCCCUUCCCAGCUCCAUGCCAUGCCAGAAGCUGCUGCAUAGCCACCACUGCCAAGGGUGACAUUUUAGCACCAGAGCCUGGCGCUCUCCGUCUCUCUGGAAUCUCACUACUUGGUAUGGCAGCACUUCCACCAGUGAGAGGGUCUGUAACCAUGGCUAUUGCAGUAGUUUUCUUCCCAAAGCCAACAUAUAUUAAUAAACAAAUACGUAAGAUCAUUUACAAAGUCAUACUUAUGGAGUUUACAUAAAUACUAGCCAUUCGGUCAAACAGAAAUCAUUUCCUAAAACAGGUCCUGGAUGUAUCUUAACUUACUGCAGACACUUUUUGACCUCGUAUUCUAAAGGCUUUCACAUGUGAUUUCUUGAUGGCCUUAAGCAGAUGUAAAUAUAGUCUGCUACCAGAAGAUGAUGAAAUCCCAUCUUCUUGCUCCUUUUGCUAUUUAUUUUCUCCUCCGCUGAUUUAGUUUCCAGCCUCCCAGGCGCUGACCCGGGCUGCCUCCCGGUGACGAGCUCUACUGCAACAUAAAGGAAGAAUAUGUGAGUGGAAGAAGAUGAUGAUGAUGACAACCUUUGAUUCUUCAUGAAACCUUACUUUGAGAUCUUUGUUUUCUUAUCUCAUGAGCAUUUUACAUAUAGAAGACUCUGUGAAUUCUGAUUGUUAUUUUUUUCAAGGCAGAUUGUGUUUAUUAAUUGUAGAGGUGGUUGAAAAAUGCUGUGUUUUGAGAGACACGUUGAACAUUUAUUAGCAAGGCAAAAAAACCACAUUUCAGAAGUUUGUUCCCUGUUCUUUCAUUUCCUCACUCACUCAGAAAAAGGAAGUAUGACAAAGAAAAAAAAAUGCAACAAAGGAAAAAAAGAGUUGAUUUCUUUUUUUAUUGAAUUUGAAGAUUACACUGCUUUAAACUAUAUAUGUCUUAAGAAAUCUCAACCAAUGAUGAUAUUAGUAAGGAAAAGUGCUAUUUUUUGAGCAGGUGAAUGGUGCUAAAUAUUAACAUUUGCAUUAGCUUUAUAGGUUAGAUCAGAACGGUUUAGUGUCAUCUCUGAAGACUUAGCAUGAUCAAUGACUAUUAUUGCGCUGUUUUGACUCUUUAAUAAAGCUAGCAACGAUAAA